GAAUUUUUUCAUUGAGCUCCCCACCACCACAAACGUGCCUAUUAUUGCUCGCCUCUUAUUCUAGCUCGCUCUCUCGCUCUCUCCGCAGCUUUACACAAACAACCACACACACACACACACACAAGCACAUACUAUUCCUUUUUUGUGCGUCAGAAGGUCCAUCAUGGCUCGUGACGACUUCGAUCGCCGUCGCCUGCGCUCGCUAUACGAGCGCAACCGCAGCCGCGUCUCGGCCCUCGCCGAUGCCCGCGACCGCCGCCGCGGAGGCGACGACAGCUACGCCGCACCGCGUCGCUACGUAGUGAGCGAGCGGCGCACCCGCAUUGAGGGCUUCGGCCGCGGUGGGGCGCAGGUGCGCCGAGUGGAGCGCCAGGUGGUGCGGGUACGCGAUGCGCCUCGCCCGCGUCGCUUCAGCGAUCGCGGCGUCUUCCGCCGUGGCGGCCGCGAUCGCUUCCGACGUGCCGACGAUGUUGCCCGCGAGGACCGUCGUGACCGCCUUCGCGAUGACCGCGACCGGCGUGGGGAGGGUCGUCGAGAGGGCGGUGGUGUUCGCCGCUUUGGCGAGGCCCGCCGCCAGCGCCUGCGCAUGCGUAACCGCCGCGGUGGCGGUGGUGUUGGUGGUGGUGGUCGCCGCGAUGACCGUCGGGAGAUGGAGGACCGCCGUCAGCGUGGUCCCCGUCGCGGCGGGGAAGGACGUCGCAACGACAACGGCAAUAACAGCAGCAAUUCCAAUAACCGCGGGGGCAACAAUGCGAAGAGCAACAAGAGCCAGAACAACCAAAACGGCAGCAACAACCGUGGCGGCAGCCGUAACAACAAAAACGGAAGCAACAGCAAAAACCAACCCCGUCGCACGCGUGAGCAGCCGAUGACGCGUGAGCAGCUCGAUCGCCAGCUGGACAACUACCACAACUAA